UCCGCGCGCCGAUGCUCCCCGCGGCGCCUUAACGAAAUCGCACUCCGACGAGCUCAGUCGCCCCUUUCCCCCUCGCAAGCCGAAAGGACGCGGCAGUUUCCCCGCAGCGGCCGAAGCGCUGAAACCCGAGGAGCCGAGCAUGACGGCGACCAAGGAGCAGCCGAAUCAGAGGCACAAUCAACCGCAGCAGGAGGAGGACCUUGGUGGGGUGAGUCCACCUCAAAGGAACUGGAAAGGCAUUGCGAUUGCCUUGCUGGUCAUCCUCGUGGUUUGCUCCCUCAUCACCAUGUCAGUCAUUGUCCUCACACCAGCUGACACCCAAGCUGGAAGUGACACCAAACUGACUGUGGAGGAUCUCUUUAAACCAGAGUUCAAGGUCCACGACCCAAAGGCUAAUUGGAUCAACGAUUCUGAAGUUAUUUACAGAAACAGUGAUGGCCAUGUCAUCAAGUUCAACAUUCUCUCUAACGAAACAGAGAUUGUCCUAUCAAACACAACAUUUAUAAAUUUCAAUGUGGCCAAGUACUCGGUGUCCCCUGACUUGAAGUAUGUGCUUUUUGCUUAUGAUGUCAAACAGGUUUACAGACAUUCCUACAUGGCUUCCUACAGCAUCUACAAUAUUCACACGAGGGAGGUUUGGGAGCUGGACCCUCCAGAGGUGGUGAACUCAGUCCUGCAGUAUGCUGCCUGGGGAGUGCAAGGCCAACAACUGAUCUACAUAUUUGAAAAUAACAUCUACUACCAGCCUGAUGUGAAGAGUCACUCUCUGAGGCUGACAUCCUCAGGAAAGGAAGGGAUCAUAUUUAAUGGAAUUGCUGACUGGCUUUAUGAAGAGGAGAUCCUUCAGACCCACGUUGCACACUGGUGGUCACCGGAUGGAGAGAGAUUGGCCUUCCUCGUCCUUAAUGACAGUCAAGUGCCCAACAUGGCUUUGCCUCGAUUCACGGGCAUGACAUACCCCAAAGGAAAACAGUAUCCAUACCCCAAGGCUGGCCAACCCAAUCCAGUGGUGAAGCUCUUUGUUGUCAAUCUUUACGGGCCGACGCACACGCUGGAGCUCAUGCCACCAGACAGUCUCAAACUACGGGAUCAUUAUGUGACCAUGGUGAAGUGGAUCAGUAAGACCCACACAUCUGUUAGAUGGUUGAACCGGGCACAGAACAUCUCCACUCUGACUGUGUGUGACACCACCACAGGAGCCUGCGUCACGAGACAUGAAGAAAAUUCUGAGCUCUGGCUUUCCAAACAGAACCAAGAACCCGUGUUCUCUAAAGAUGGCAAAAGAUUCUUCUUGACUGUACCAGUUAAACAAGGAGGACGUGGAGAGUUUCAUCACAUCGCUAUGUUUAACACUCAGUUCAGAACAGAUGAAAAUGAAGUCCGCCAUUUAACAUCGGGAAACUGGGAGGUGACGAAGAUCCUUGGCUUUGAUGAAAACACUGAUAACCUUUAUUUUCUCAGUACGGAGGGUUCACCGCGAAGGCGGCAACUUUACAGUGUGAAAACUGUUGGAUUGUUCCCACGACGGUGUUUGACAUGCGAGCUAAAUAAGGCCCACUGUUUGUACUUUGAUGCUGAGCUAAGCCCCACGCACCAGCACAUUAUCCUCCACUGUAAAGGUCCUGGAACACCUAUGGUGAUCUUACACAGCCUCAAUAGUUCAAAUUACUAUAUUCUUGAGAACAACUCCUUGCUGAAGGCAGCCUUGAACUAUAAAAGGAUCCAGCUGACUGACUUCAGGACCGUUUCAACUGGACAUUUUGAUUUACCAUUGAAAAUCUCGUAUCCACCUGACUUCUCGGAAUCUCGUCACUAUGGGCUACUCUUGGUGGUUGAUGGCUUCCCUGGUGGUCAGGCUGUGAGUGACCGCUUUGCUCUCAGCUGGGAUUCAGUGUUGGUCAGCUCCGACAACGUUAUUGUGGCUCGUCUCGAUGGGCGCGGUAGCGGCUUCCAGGGCCAGAGGGUCCUGCACGAGGUCCAUCAGAGACUGGGCACUGUGGAUGUUCAAGACCAAAUCGCAGCAGUGGACUACAUGAUGAACUUUCCAUACAUCGAUAAGACUCGCAUAGCAAUUUUUGGAAAGGGUUAUGGAGCCUAUAUUGCAUUAAUGCUGCUGAAGUCUACGGAUAGUGUCUUCAAAUGUGCAUGUGCAAUGUCACCCAUGACAGACUUGAAGUUGUAUGCAUCAGCCUUCUCGGAGCGAUACCUUGGCAUGCCUCGACGAGAUGACAGCAGAUACCAGUUCUCCAGUGUGCUGCAGAAUGUUCAUGCACUAAGAGAGCAGACACUGAUGCUGGUACACGGCACAGCAGAUGCCAACGUCCACUUUCAACAUACUGCCGAGCUUGUCAAGAACCUUGUGAAAGUUGGAGCAAACUACUCAAUGCAGCUCUACCCAGAUGAAGGCCAUUUCCUGUCUCGUCAAAGCAACCAGCACCUGUAUGCCACUCUUACCAGCUUCUACAGGGAGUGCCUGAAGGAGGAGUUGCUCCCACUGAUUGACGAUGACGAGGGGGAGGAGGAGGAGUAGGCAGAAGACCUUUUUUGCAUUUGGACCGCACGUUAUACGGACAUGGACAGUCUAGUUUAGAGCUGCUCAUGCGCUUAAGUGUGCGUUAUAAAGACAGUUUAUGGACACCUAUGAUGACAGUGACACUUUUUACUGUGGGGACUUGAGGUAGGAAAUGGCCUCUAAAAUGAUUUCAGUUCCACUACAAUUAUUGUCAAAGCACACUGAACCUCUGUCCUCGUCUUUUGCGGGAUCUCUUGUCGCGCUUGUUGUCAUUCCACGUUAUUUCAUUGCAUGGUUCUUUUUCCCCGUUAUGACUUGCGUUCCCUUCACCCUGUUCUCUUUUGUGCUAACAAAUGGGAGGACAUCACUUUUUAUCUUACCUCCUCUUUGAUUGUUGGAUUGAAACGUUCACUAGAAUAUCUGGCGAAAAGUUAAACACUGUUUCUUGUUCAGGAUCUGAAAUGGGUUACACUUGGUCCAUCUAUGUGCAAAAAAACCAAAACAAAAAAAGAAAACAAUUAGCCCUGCACGCCUAAAACAUGGGCAAAGCAAUUUCCAUAAUGAUUUAAACUUCACUAUUUCACACCUUUCUUGAGUAUCUUCGCAAAGUGUUUUGAUUAAUCAGAAGAAGAAGAAGAAUUUAAAAAAAAAACAAACGUGAUACUUCUCCACUAAACAAUGUAUUUCUCGUCAAGUAUUCUAUUCAUGUCUCAUGAGAAGAGAUGUAGUGAUUCACAAAGAAACACUCCUCAGCCACUCGGAUCCUGAAUAAGUGCAAUUCCUACUGUAGCCUUCCACCAUUGCCCCCUACUACAUAAAACAUAUUUUGUCAAUAUCACAUUUAUUGUACAGAGGGAGGUUUUGUGGUGACAUGUACAAUGCCUUAUGAGGUUCAACAUAUUGUACUAUAUCUCGUGGGCGGUGGUAGUUUUGCAUUAGCAGUGCAACGUAAACCGAUGUCAACUCAGGUGUUCGAGAAAUAGACACAGUUUUGGAUGCGAAAGGUAAAACUCUCCGUCUGCCGUCCGGUCGCAAUUAAGUUUCUACAUGAACAGAAAUUACAGGUCAUACAGGACCAGUCAUCUCCAUUUCAGAAGAUGAUAUGUUAUUUAACACUAAUGCAGUGACAUCUCAAAAGUGGUGCAUAUUCUUUUUCUUUCAGGAUAUCCUCCAAAGACCUAAUAUUUGAAAAUGAAAAUUAUGAAAUUGACUUUUUUGCAGUAUCAAUAAGGUGUUUGCAUGUCUACAGGGAAUGUCACGUUUUGCCACAUUUUGUACAGUACAAUACAGCAAAGUGUGUACAUAAAUAUAUUUUUGAGAUGUCUCAUAGAAAGUUGAGUCGAAAGGGAAUUCAUUGCUUUUACUUGGAUGUAUUGUGUGAUUAUGUUUUAUCUCUACUGUUAAUUUGAGUAGAAUGGAUUUUGUAAUGCUUGGUCUUUUUUUUCCUUGCCAUUUAAAAAAAAAGGGAAAGGGCAGUGUCGUGGUUUUGGGGUUGCUGUGAUUGUCCUCUAGCAAUGGGUAUAAAUAGGUAAUUAAUAAAAAAAAAAAAAAAAAGAUGAAUUAACCCCAAAGUGUACUGAGUCAGCAUUGUCCACACAUAACCAAUGGAAUGUACUGUAAGUACAGGAAUAAGAUGAAUGAGGAAGUCAUUUGAGAAGCUAUGGUGUAAUUUCUUUUCAUUGAGACAUUGAAUAAAACCUCCCAAAUACUGAGCAACAGGGCCAAACGUAACUGAACCAUUCAACGGUUCACAACAAAACUGCCGAGCUUUUCGAAUAGUUGUGCUGUUUUCUUUGUGCCGUGCUGUUAGGGCUUCAACAAAAUAAAGUUGCUGCUUCAAAUUGUUGUUUCCCAAUAAGAACCCCAGGG